CGUCAGUCCACCCCCACACGCCGUUUGGGUUCCUGCUCAAUUGUGUUCCUCUUCUCCCCUCUUCCUUUGGCCAUCGUCUCAUCCGCCAUGCCUCCUCUCGCCGCUUCCUCUGCCUCGUCGCUCGUCCGGGCCUGCGCCCGGCAAAACCUUGCUCUCCCACGCACACUUUCCGUGACGGCCUCCUCCCAGCAGCUCCGAGCCAAAUCUACAGCGGAAGCCGCGCCGACCUCGUCCUUCGACAGUCCCUUUGGUCGCAGCAAGGAGAGUGCUUCGUCCCUGAAGAUCCCUAGCUUCAAGAAAUACGCCAGCCCUCGCAAUGCCACAACGAACAAAGUCUUCUCGUAUUUCGUCGCUGGAAGUAUGGGUUUAGUCAGUGCCGUCGGAGCAAAGGCUACUGUGCAGGACUUCCUCGUUAAUAUGUCCGCCUCUGCCGACGUUCUCGCCCAAGCUAAGGUCGAAAUCUCUCUCGCGUCCAUUCCCGAGGGCAAAAACGUUAUCAUCAAAUGGCGAGGAAAGCCAGUUUUCAUCCGUCACCGAACCGCCAGCGAAAUCGCUGAAGCUGAGAGCACAAACUGGGAAACCCUUCGAGACCCUCAGCCAGAUUCGGAUCGUGUGAAGAAACCGGAGUGGCUCGUUAUGUUGGGUGUCUGCACCCAUCUUGGUUGUGUGCCCAUCGGUGAAGCCGGUGAAUUCGGCGGUUGGUUCUGCCCAUGCCACGGUUCCCACUACGAUAUCUCCGGCCGUAUCAGAAAAGGUCCCGCGCCACUUAACCUCGAGGUUCCUCAAUACGACUUCCCAUCGGAAGACACCCUUGUCAUCGGUUAAGCCUCUUGGAUAUCAAGCGAGAGGAGCGACGGCUACGGGAGCGGAGAGUGCGGGAUACGCAGGGAGGGGCUUAUUCGUCUUAUACCUGUAGAACUAAUUCCGCGGUCGGUUAAAGGGAGUUGAUAGUGGAAAGAAGGAAUUAUCAUCUUUGGAUUUCGUAUAGAGAAAAAGCGGGAGACUUUGACAUCGCCUCCCACAAGAUUACCUUGGGUUUUUUCCUUUUUUAGAGAACCUGACUCUGUUCAUAUAUGUAUUUUGUUCCCCUUGCGCUCUACAGGCCUUGAUA